UUGAUGAAAAGCGAGCACAUGCAGUCUGGCACUGGUAAACUGAGGGAAUGACACACCAGCUCUAAUUCCUGAUGGCUUUUUCUCCUCCUACCACUGAGAGGGAAUAAAAGGAAUCUCAAGAGGACUUUUUACACUUGGAUGCUGCUGGGAAAACACGCCCUGCAUCUGAGGAAAAAGGCCAGAAAGUUAGAGCAGUGCUAACUCCAUUUAAAGAAGAUGCUGAAAGUGGACUUGUUAGUUUUAAGUUUUUGCCUUGGUUUGGGGACAGGAUACAGCACUGCUGGAAAGAGACAGUACCAGAUCCAGAAUGGGCCAUGCAGCUACACCUUUCUGCUGCCAGAGCAGGACAACUGCCAAACACAGAGCAGCUACAACCAUCCAGUUCAGAAGGAUGGACCGGCGGACGACGACGAGUCGGCUCAGAGGCUGGAACAGCUGGAGAUGACCAUGGAGAACAACACACAGUGGCUGCUAAAGCUGGAGAGCUACAUACAGGACAGCAUGAAGCAGGACAUGGUCCAACUCCAACAGACUGCUGUACACAAUCACACAGCGACGAUGAUUGAAAUUGGAACCAACCUGCUGAGUCAAACUGCAGAGCAAACAAGGAAACUGACCAAUGUGGAGGCACAGGUAAUUCAUCAUACAACUCGACUUGAGCGUAGACUUCUGGAAAAUUCCAUAUCAACAAACAAGCUCGAAAAACAACUAAUUGUUCAAACAAAUGAAAUCAACAAGCUGAGCGACAAAAACAGCUUCCUGGAGAAAAAGGUGGAGGAUAUGGAGGAGCAGCGGCAGGUGGAGCUGAAGACGCUCAGAGAAGAGAAGGAGCAGCUUCAGACUCUGAUACUGCGGCAGACGGCUAUAAUUGGGGAGCUGGAGCAGCAGCUGCUCAGAGUCUCCUCCAACAACACAGUACUGCAGCAUCAGCAGCAGGAGCUCCUGGGCACCGUGAACAACCUGAUCCACUCCCUCUCUGUGGGCUCAGCUCGAGAGACAAAAACCGCUAUGAUGCAGGACACUCCUUCAACAUUUACGGACUGUGCUGCUGUUUUCAAGUCAGGAAACUCUCAGAGCGGAGUCUACACGCUAACAUUACCCAACACUACCAUGGAGGUGAAGGCUUUUUGUGACAUGGAGACAGAAGGAGGAGGCUGGACGGUGCUACAAAAACGCUUUGAUGGCCGUGUUGACUUUCACCGUACGUGGCAAGAGUACAAAAAGGGGUUUGGAGAUCCUUCUGGUGAAUUCUGGUUGGGAAAUGAAUUCGUCUCCAGACUGACAAAUCACCAGUCCUACAAACUGAGGAUCCAGUUGAGUGACUGGGAGGGAAACUCUGGAUUCUCACAAUACGACUUGUUCUCUCUCGACAGUGAGGCACAGAAUUACAGGAUACACCUUAAAGGCUUCAGUGGAACAGCAGGCAAAAUAAGCAGCAUCGGGCAGCCAGGAAGUGAUUUCAGUACAAAGGAUGCAGACAACGACAAAUGUGUUUGCAAAUGUUCACAGCUGACAACAGGAGGUUGGUGGUUUGAUGCCUGCGGCCCCUCUAAUUUGAACGGGAUGUACUAUCAACAAGGCCAAAACUCGAACCGCUUCAACGGAGUCAAAUGGUACUACUGGAAAGGCUCGGGCUAUUCCCUGAAGUCCACGAUGAUGAUGAUCAGACCUGCAGACUUCUCAGGCUCACUCUGAACUGUCAUUCUGAUUAAACCAAGUCUGAAGGAAAUUCUGCUCAACACACAGCAACAAGCAAACCAAAAACAAAAACUCACCGGGCUGCCAAAGCACUUACUGACAUUAUUUUUUACAAACAAAUGGAUGAUUUUGUACAUUUUUGUGGUUUCUGAAUGUUGCAAAAGCUAAACAUUAUGGACUAUCACGAAAAAAUACCUACUGAAGAUACCUGACUGUACUGUGAUUGGAUAAGUAACGGAGAAGACAUUGCUGAAUAAAAACAGACCUCCAAACAAACAGCAGACCAUAGUAAAUGUGAAAUUAAGUAAUUUAAUUCCAGAAAAGUUGUAAUGUCAUUUAGCUAGCAAUAUUUUGUAUAAAGCUACCAAUGUGACGAUAAAAAGGCUAUGGUACAACAUGCAGAAAAACUACUGGAUCAGCUAAUGUGUUCUGGAAACUGUUUUUUGUUAGAUGUUUAAAAUGUAAAUGCAAAUGUAAAAACAACACAGAAAUGUUUCUUUUUAGGAAUGUAUGUAUUUGUUGUUUAAUUUAUAUGUAGAUUUUUCUAGGUGGAUAUUUAACAUUAUUAUAAUGACAGAUUUGUUACAGUUGCUGUGUGCGUUUUCACUGCAUGUAGACUAAAAGGAACCCUUUUUGUAUCAUUUUCCAGUAACUUCUCUUGUGCUAAUAAAUGAUGUUCA